CCAGUGGUGGCGCCAGAGGGGGGGCAGGGGGGGCUACAGCCCCCCCGUCGGAGGAGGCUAGCCCCUCCGUCGGAAGAUAAAUUAUGCUUGAAUUUUUUUUGUCGGAGCGAAUUUUUUAAGUUUUGGCGGAAAUAGAAAUUUCUAAAAGGACUGUUAUCAGAAUUCAGGAAGCUCAUCCCAAAACAACUCAUCGACACAUCAAUUUCAUGGUAAAUAAUAAUCUGUUAUAAGAAGUUUGAAUUGGUUGUUUAGAUGUUCAGUACCAGGUGUUUUCCGCAUGCUGUUAAAUUUGAUCUUAUGUUAUGGAUAGUGCAGUUCGUCCAAAUCUUGCUUGCUAUAACCAACCUACAACAUCGGAAUAUUUUUGUGCGAUAGCGAUAUGGCAACAAAUGUUACCCGUUUCAGUGUUAGAUGUAGUAUAUGUAAUGACGUAUUUAACAAUGAUUACGCUGCCCGCCACACGAAGUCCAAGCACAAAGAUUUGGCUGCAAUGGGAAGGACUGCUCCUACGACGGCAAUAGUUGAAACGGACUCGCAGCAGAGAAAAAUAAAAACAUUUUUUCAAUCAAAAGGCGGUACUUUUCCAAAGAAACGAAAGGUUAAUGAUUUUGAAACUGAAAGAACAACAGAAGACCCCGAAGAACAAGAAGUUGAAAUUUCGAAAAUUCAAGACGAAGAGCAAAUCGAACGUGGUACAACUUCUAGCUUGGACCCCGAAGUCACGAAUGUAGAUGCUGACAACUACGUCACCAUUUCGGAAGCCGAACAGUCGAUGUCGGACAUUGUGGAAGCAGCAAAUGAAAGCGACAGCAACGAGGAUAUCGAGGAAAAUUUGGAACAGUUGGAACUCGAGUUGGAAGAUGAAGUUGAUCCUGCAGGAUUAUCAGCCGAAGCACUUCAAGGAGAUUCGAGAGGACCGCAACUUACACUAUCCGUCGCUGGCCCCAAGGACAUAUCCUCAACCAAAGACGGCGGACCUGUGCAGCCUCGUAAUAUUUCCUUCCCUACACAUUUGAUUGGCAAUCAGCAUCGCGCAUUCACACCUUUGCUGUAUGAAAAGUAUCCCUGGAUUGAGUAUUCGCAAAUGGAGGAUGCCAUCUUCUGUUUCCACUGUCGUAAUUUUUCAGAGAAUCGGAAGGAUCCAGCGUUUGUUAGUCAAGGCUUGCGCAAUUGGAAAAGAUGCUAUGGCACCAAAGUGAAUGAUAACAAACUCUUGCAACAUCAAACCAGCCAUCUUCAUGCCCAAAGUGUAGCUGCUAAAGCGCACUAUGAAAACGUUAAGUCUGGAAAUUUUCAGACCAUUGCCACACUUCAUGAUGCCGCUUAUUCGAAACUGGUUAAAGACAACAGGCAUUACAUGCGAGUGAUUUGCGAAGUCCUGCUUCUCACUGCUCAGCGGAAGAUUGCCCAACGUGAGACUGGAGGUUCAUUUCGUGUUGCCGAUAUAAAUAAAGAAGCUCUAGACUAUGGACCUUCUUGUGGUAAUUUUCUUGCGAUACUUGGUCUUCUUGCAAGGCAUGACCCAGUUGUUGCUGACAAAAUCCGCACUGGCCCGAAAAAUGCAAAGUAUACUCACCACAGCGUACAGAAUGCCAUCUUAGACAUUAUGAAAGACAUGGUUCUUGAGCAAAUAAAAAGUGAGCUCAAUAAGGCUCAGUAUUUUACCGUCCUUUCAGAUGAGUCUAAAGAUAGAAGCAAAAAAGAGCAGCUUGUUGUUGCAGUCCGUUACUGCUACGAGAAUGCCAUACAUGAGGAAUUUAUUGGCAUUGCUGAGGCGCAAAGUUUAGAUGCAGAUGGUCUUUCAGACACAAUAAUUGAACGAUUGCAACGCAUCGAAGCCAACAUGAAAGCAUGCGUGGGGCAAGGCUACGAUGGAGCUUCUGUUGUUUCUGGUCACCUGAAUGGCGUUCAAAGGAAACUUCCUCUGAAAACCGGUGCUGAAAUGGCUUACUACGUCCAUUGCUUUUGUCAUCGAUUGAACCUUGUGAUCGUCGAUGUUGUGAAAUCAAUCAGUUGUGUGGCAGACAUGAUAUCGCUAUUCAGAAGCCUGCAUUCUUUUCUGAGCAGCAGCACCGUUCAUGUACGAUGGGUAAAGGUCCAAGAGGAUCACAAGGUUCAUGUGAUGGAAAUUGGAAAAGUUUCUGACACGAGAUGGUCUUGCCAGGCGAAGCAAUUCAAUGUUUUCUGGGAGCGGUUGGAUAUCUUGGUGGAAGUCCUGCAGGAUGUGAUUGACACAGAUACGAACCCCGGUCGCAGAACAGAAGCUACUGGUUAUCUUCUGCAGAUUGACAGGAAAUUUGUGAGAUACCUGUUUGCCAUCCGACACGUCUUGAACAAAGCCAAAUUUGCGUCUGACAUGUUGCAGAAACCCUCCAAUGAUUUGAGUCAAGCCAUUGAUCUCAUUGCAACAUUGAAAGAUGAACUGGAUGACUGUCAAAGCAGGGAUAAGAUUCAAGAGUUCUGGGAUACUGCCGAAGAAGCAGCGGAUCGCUUGGAAUUGCCGGAAGAAAAAAGACCACCAAGAAAGAGGGCAACGCCUGCUUCUCUUCGAGAGUUUGUUGUGGAAGCAUCUUCAGAGCCUCAAGUAGCAAGCGGGUUUGAUGGCUACGUACAAAAUGUCAAAGAAAUACUAAACAGAACAACUGCAGAACUUUGCAAGCGGUUUGACGAAAAAAACAUAAAGAUCAUGAAAGGCAUAACUGCAUUGGCCCCCAAGUCGAAAAGCUACUUGGACCCAACAACUCUUGUCAAUUUUGCUGAGCUUUUUCAGUCUGAAAUUGGUGCACUACGCAGUGAAAUUGCCACAUUUAAAUAUAUGCUCUCAAGAAAAGAAGAAAAACACCGCCCAAGCACACUUCUGCAACUAGAGGCACACUUGGAAAAGCUAAAUGAAGCUUUCUUUGAGCUGCACCGGCUUGUAUCCAUCGCAUGCACUUUGCCAGUCUCUUCAGCCGAAUGUGAACGCAGCUUCAGCUCUAUGCGCCUCAUCAAGAGUGAUCUGCGCUCACUUAUGAAGGACGAGCGUCUAGACAGUCUGAUGAUGCUAGGUAUUCAUCGUGCCCGUGGAAGUGCUCUUGACUUGGACUCAGUAGUAGACAGAUUUAAGGCUAAGUUCCCGAAGAGUAGAAUUGCUCUGUGAAACAAUUUUGAUUCUUGGACUUGAAUUUUCGAUAUGUAGAAGUGCGUAUUCCACCGCUUAGGUCUGUUCCUAUAAAGUUACGUUGUGUUCCAGUUUUCCUUAAGUUCAGUUGGUUGCUUUUUAUUUAAAUUCAUACUUUCCAAAGAUAGGCCCUACUUGAAUUGGCAACGUUUGAUGAGUUGUAAAGAUUUAGAGUAGUUUUAAGCUUAUCUAGAGGCAGCUUUCAAAAAAAAUUUCCAGGGACGCCGGAGAAGGGGGGCGCGGGGGGGCAAGCGCCCCUCCUGCCCUUUGCUAGGAGGGGCAAGGGAGGGGGCAAACGUGCCCUUAGUAAUAUGUCAAAAAACGUAGUAAAAAACACGAUUACACCAUUUUGAUAGCAUUUUUAGCCAAUCUAAUGGGUGUAGCCACCAAAAUUUUCCCGGGGGAGUACCCCCGGACCCCCCGAAUUUUCGGCUCGCAACGCUCGCCUUCGGUCUCCAGUACCCUUACAAUUCCUUGUCGCCCCCUAGCCCUAUCGUUCUCUAAAAAAAUUAGCCCCUCCGUCGGAAGUGCUAGCCCCUUUGUCGGAGGAAACCUAGCGCCACCACUGAGUUAGACAUGCUUAAAGG